GGUGUGCGACAGCCUUUUGGAGGGUCAUUCCGCUCGGUCAUCCUUCAGGUGGCCUUCGAUAGGUUUGAAUCUCCUGAGUUGCUGGACUUCUUACUCCGAUGGGAAAUCGACUUGGAUGAAGUGGAGUCACUGAAGCGAAGGUCAGCCAUGAUUCAGGCCUUAUCUGAUGAAGCUGAAGUGAAGCAGUUCACCAAUGUUGCUGUGAAACUAUGGCUUGGCCAACUCAAACAACUCCUUUAUGAUGCGGAGGACAUACUGGAUGAGUAUGCCACUGAACUUCUACGCCUGAAAUUGGAAUCAGCUCACCGAAUCCAACAGGAAAUUAAGAGGAUUGAAUCAGAAGGAAGGUAUACCUGCGAGAGUUUACAAAGGAUGGAAUUGGAAUCUGAAUAUCAGACCCAACCUCACCAAACCCAACAGGUACGCAACCCUGUUCCUCUCGCUCAAGGUGAAAUUAGUAUUUCAUCUUUGUUGGAGUCUGGUAACAUAUCUGAGAUUAAAGGCAUCAAUGAGUGGUUUGGAUCAAAGCUAAGGGAUAUCAAUGAGAGGUUGAAAAGUGUAGCACAAGAAGGUGUUACUCUAGGUUUGAACUUGAGCACCUCAAACCAGAGGGUCCAAAGGCCACCGACGAGUUCUUUGGUGAUUAGUUCUAAAGUUUUUGGCAGAGAGCAAGAUAUGUGGAAGAUUGUUAAAUGGUUGCUAUCAAACAAAACUCCAAGUCUUGGUGACCAUGAUAAUAAUUUCUCGGUACUGCCCAUAGUUGGAAUGGGUGGGAUUGGAAAGACGACCCUUGCUCAACUUGUUUAUAACCAUGAGACAGUUAAGAAACAUUUUGGUGUGAAAGCUUGGGUCUGUGUAUCGGAAGACUUUGACGUGGUAAAGUUAACCAAAGGAAUUCUCGAGUCAGCCACUGGAUCAUCCCCUAAUUUUGAUUCACUAGACCUGCUACAGGAGAAGCUGAAGGAAGCAUUGAGCAAUAAAAGAUUCUUAUUGGUUCUGGAUGACAUGUGGAAUGAGAACUACGAGAGAUGGGAUGCCUUAAGCACCGCCUUUGCAUUUGGUAAACCAGGAAGCAAGAUAUUGGUUACAACACGGAACAAAGGUGUGGCAUCAAUGGUGCGCACUGAUCUGAAUGAUCAUGAUCAUGAUCUUAAAGGUUUGUCAGAUGAGGCUUGUUUAGCACUGGUUAGAAGGCACGCUUUCAUGAAUGGAAAUUCAUCUGAUGAUGUAAAUGAAAAGUUGGAAAUAUUUGGACAAGAUAUUUUGAAGAAAUGUAAGGGUUUACCUUUGGCUGUAAAGACACUUGCUGGCAUCUUGCGAGAUAAAAGGGAGAAGAGUGAGUGGAAAGAUAUUUUGGAGAAUGAAAUAUGGGAUGUAGAAGGGAGUACUGAGAUCCUUCCGUCACUUGUGUUGAGCUACCAUCAUCUUCCUCCGCAUCUAAAGAGGUGCUUUGCAUAUUGUGCUUUAUUUCCCAAGGACUAUGAAUUUGACAAGAUUGAGUUGGUGAGAUUAUGGAUGGCAGAAGGUAUUGUGCAACCAAAAGGAACAAAACGGCUUGAAGAUAUAGGAGUAGGGUACUUCGACGAUCUCUUUAUGAGGUCAUUCUUUGACCUAUCUAAUCGUACUUCUGAUAAUCCAUACAAACCCUGUUCGAUAUGGAGGCGCUAUGAUGAAUUAUCAUCUGAAGACGAAUUACGACUUAACCGUGUUUUCUACUGGAACAUUGAGAGGCAUGAUGAUGAGCAUUUUUAUGAUGAUUUAUCAGAGUGUCUUGCUAUCAAGUCCUUUUCUGAGUUAUCCAAUAAUAUUUCAGGAUCAUCAAAGCUGUUUGUGAUGCAUGAUCUCAUUCAUGAUUUAGCGCAUUUUGUUUCAGGUGAAAUUUACUGUAGGAGAGAGGAUGAUAAGCCAGCCAAAAUUCUCACGGCAACUCGUCACUUGUCGUUGAUUGGUAUUUUAUCGGAUGUCACCGAAGAGGAGGCAACAUAUGUUGAUAUUGACGCAUCCAAGGAUGUCAAGGUGAGAAAGUUUAGGGACGUCAAAGAAAACAAGAGCUUACGCACCCUUCUAAUGGAUGGACCGAGAUAUCUUGAUAUGUCGUUUAUCACCACUACACUCCAAUUCCUGCGUGUCCUUCGUUGGACUUGCUCAAAUAAAUUUAAUGGUCCUAUGGCUCAUUCAAUUGGAAAUUUGAAACAUCUACGGCUUCUUGAUCUCUCAAAGUCUGAUAUUGGGACCUUACCUGAUUCAAUUGGAAGUUUGUAUAAUUUACAAACAUUGAACCUAACUAAAUGCCACCAUCUUAGAGAGUUGCCUAAAGAUAUGGGUGACCUUGUAAACCUUCGCCAUCUCUUUCUCCCUCUUUCAUUUUUUAGAAGAAUGCCAUUGCGAUGUGGAAGUUUGACUAAUCUUCAAACAUUAAGUCUAUUCUGUGUGGGUUCUGAUACUGGGGACUGUAGUGGAAUUGAAGAGUUGAGGGAUUUGUCCCAACUUCGGGGGAAACUAGAAAUUGCACAAUUGGAAAAUGUAGGCCAUAAUUGGACAAAGGCCAUGGAGGCCCAUUUAAAGAAUAAGCCACACCUUCGCGAGUUACAGUUGUCUUGGACUUCGCGUUAUAACAGAAUCAAGGAUUUCUUUCUUGGUUCACAAGAUGAAAAGGCUGAGGAGCAUGUAUUUGAUCAGCUGCAACCUCAUACCAAUCUAGAAAUGCUAAGAAUUGUCAACUAUGGUGGUACAAGAUUUCCAAGUUGGGUAGGCCACCCUUCUUUCUCUAAUUUAGUGGGUGUGAAACUCAUUGGUUGUGAUAAAUGCAUAUUCCUGCCUUCUUUAGGGCAACUACCUUCGCUCAAAUACCUCAUGAUCGACAGCUGCAAUGCUGUAAAAAGUGCAGGAUGUGAAUUAUAUGGGGAUAAUUCAUCAGUUAAUAAGCAGUUUCGGUCAUUGGAGACACUGGUGAUUCAUAAUAUGAUCGAGUUGGAGGAGUGGACUGAGGUGGUUAAAGAAGAACAAGGUGGAGAAGAAUUCCCUUGCUUGCAUAAGCUAGUGAUAAGAGAUUGCCCCAAGUUGACAUGGUUCUCUCAUCGCUUUUCUCGCCUGGUAACACUGGUAAUAGAAAAUUGUAGUGAACUACAAAAACUUCCCCAUCUUCUUCCUUCAUUGCAAGAGCUGAGGAUAGCAAAAUGUGAAAAAUUGGCUAUCCUUCCGAACCUUCCAUCUAUUCAGAGGUUGGCGUUGUUGGCAUUGUUGGCAUUGGAGGAAUGUCACCAGAUGACAACAUUGUGUGAUUCUCAGCGUCCAUCAUCAUCAUCAUCAUCAUCAUCUUCACCACAUGUUUGUAACUCAAAUGUCGAGGAAUAUGGUGAAGGAAAAUUCCGUUGCCUCCAUGAGCUAUAUAUCUUUCACUGUCCUAACAUGAUAAAAUUACCACAUACCCUUCCUUCCUUGGUAAAACUCAGGAUAGAAGCUUGUGAAAAACUCACUUUUCUUCCAAUCCUUCCAUCAAUCAAGAGGCUGGGGUUGGAGCAAUGCAAUGGAAUGGUACUUGAGAGCUUGGGCCUUCAUAAUCUCACCUCUCUUUCCUAUCUCUACAUUGGUGGAUGUCCUGCUCUCGUGUCCAUUCCAAAGGGCCUACUUCCUACCAAUCUUAGGGGAUUUUUCAUCGACAAUUGCCCAAUUCUGGAAUCCUUACAUGAUGGACUCUCUGAUCUAACCUCUCUUAAAUGGUUGCAUAUCGGUAGAAUGACAGAUGUGAAGAGCAUGAGUGAAUGA